AUAGGUUACAAGCUUGGAGAAGUCACAUGGUCGCAUGAUCUUGUAGGCACAUGGUUGCAUGAUUGUAAAAGGUACACAUAUUUAUUAACUUGUAAUUCUAGAGUAUGUUGUAACGUAAGAUAAAAAAGUAUGGGUCUUCAAAAUAUAACGAAAAUAGGGAUUGGAUGGACUCUAGCUGCUGUUGUAGGAGUGUAUUCUUUUGUACUAUCAAAGAGGGAUAUAAAUUCGAGACGAUAUGAAAGAAUGAAAGAAAGACGACGAUUGCGAAACGCUACUACUGCAAACUAAAGUACCUGUUAGAACUUUCAUAAUUAUAAAUUACUAAAUUAAAAAAUGGCUGGCUUACCUCAACUCGGUGAGGAUCAAAUGAAGAUGGUGCAAGAAUUAGAGAUAGAGAUGAUGUCCGACAUGUACAAUCGUAUGACGUCAGCUUGCCAUCGAAAAUGUAUCCCACCAAAAUAUGUUGAGGCUGAAUUAACAAAAGGGGAGUCCAUAUGCUUGGAUCGUUGCAUUGCCAAAUAUCUGGAUGUACAUGAACGCAUUGGGAAGAAGCUAACUCAGAUUUCUGUGCAACAAGAAAACUUCUUGACAGGAAAAGUUGCAGAACAGCCUAAAGCAAAUUAAAUAAAGCAACAAUUUAUUAAGCAUAUGGUAAAUGUAAAUCCUCUUCUUGCGCAUUUAAUAGUUCCCUUUUCUGUAGAUAAUUCAGCCACGACGGAAGCAUUCAUCUUUAGAUGAUAAUAUCAACGUUUUCAGUCAUAAACUAUUUCUGUAGUUUAGGAUGAUUAGAGUAAAUCGUGGAAAAAGUUAUUCUGUAUUUAGCUAUAUAGAUUUGAAUAAAAUAAUAUUUCUUAAUUAUCGUUAACUAUUUGUUUAAAAUGAUAAAAUCGAGAAGUUAAAAUAUAGGAAGUUCUCAGAAUUAUUCUGUUAAAAAGGUUUCAAAGUCAUUGAUAUAUUCUUUUUUGUUGAAACCUUGUAUGUAGAAAAAUGUUUAUUUAUAUAUUAAACAUUACAAACACAAUGAUGUCAUUUUUGGUGGCAUAACAACUUAUGUACAGAUUUAAGUAUCUUGUUUCAUCAAUGCCAAAAAUUACAAUAUAUUGUGAAAAAUA